AUGGUCGGUUCAGAAUCCCCAGGGCCUUUUGUAGAAUUCGAUUAUCUGAAGAUCUUCCUGCACCACCCAUCCCCAUCCCCAUCACCCGGUUCGCAUCAUCUCACCUUCAACCCUUCAAAACCCUCGUCCUCCGUCAACCCCCUCAAACUGAGCACCACCACCACUACCACCACCCAGAAUGCCCCCAACAUUCCCCUCCUUCACCUCCCUGCCGCCAGAGCUCCGGCACCAAAUCUGGCACCACGCCCUCCCCUCCCCCACCACGCCCUCCCUCCACAUCUACGAACCCGGCUGCUGGACCCGCGCCACCUCACCCCCUCCGACCCGGACUACGACCCCUCCACCCCCGACAGCAACCUGAACUUCGAAUUCGACCACACCCGUCUCCCGCCCAUGCAAGUCUCCCUCCCGCUGUACUUCGUCAACCGCGAAGCCCACGAUCUCACCGUCUCCUGGCUGCGGAAACACCCCACCAUCGCGGUCAGGUUCGACCCGGCGGCGCAGUGUGUCUUCUUCACGAAGCCGUAUGACCCGCGCACGGACGCCAUGUACGUCUCCCUGGAGAGAUGGACGGAGUUCAUCUGCGAGCCGUUCGAUCGGCAGUUCGAGCCCGAUCUGUUGAAUCGGAAUUUGGGAUGUCCGGCGCCGGAGGUGCGGAGGAUUGCGGUCCCACGCGCGUUGCUGUGGGUGGAGAAGGAUCCGUUUGCGGAGUUCUGGCAUUGGUUUGGGGGGGUGAGUUCGGUUUUUCUGGUCGAGGGCGAGGUGGCGGUGGAAGAGAAGGGGGGGUCAGGGUGCAGGGCGGGUGGGAGGUGCAGGGGUGGAGGGUGCGGUGUUGCGGUGGGACUCUAA